AUGCGCUCAGUUGAAGCUUCCUGGCAUCAUGAACCCGGAUGUGAUGAGCAUUCUUGCGUCCGCGCCCCACCGGGGGUGGAUCGCACUCGGGCUCCAUCGUCUCAGCUGAAAUGGAAGCUGUGCCUUUCCCACGCCUUCCUCAGGUUUACGCAGAACCACAACAUCCUGCUCAAGCCCACUGGACAGGCGAUUAUCCAGUAUGCCUGGGAUCACGUGGCCAGGUACUACUACUGGACCUACGUCUUCUAUCAGGUCAUCACCCUGGGCAACCUGGUCGUCGAGGCUUUCCUUCCGCUUGUUUUUCUCUACAAAAACUCGGCGGCGCCCUACUUGGAAGGUGGUGUCUCCUGCGGACACUUUCUGGUGCGGCUCUAUGACUCGAUGCCAUCCGAUUUCUGCAUUAUCUUCCCUGACAGGGGUCGGCGCCUUCGCUGGAGCCUGCUUGCGGUCCUCGCCCAUCUGGAGUGCCAGGGGCCUUUCGGGGUGGGGUCAGCUGAUGAGCUCUUCUACGAGUUUUGGGAAAUGGCCGGAUACUUGUGCUACCUCCAGCACACGGGCCCACUUUACCUCACAAAGUUGGAGAACCUCUACAACUGGGUGUCUAUCCUUCUGCUGAUGGUGCUAGUUUGGUGGACAUCCGGUGAUGUAAGUCUUCAGGACAUCCCAAUCAUGCUCUCCGUGCUGGUGCUAUUCCGCUGGAUUCAGCUGACAUGGAGUUGCAGGGCCUUCGAAUAUGUUGGGGAGAAGAUCCUUCCCAUCCUGCAAGCCUCCUUCUCCACCUCAAUUGGCGGGAUACUGGUGGUGACUUUCUGCGUGCUUGUGGGAUUCCUGCAUGGCGCAAUGGCGCUGGAGCUCGGGCAUCCACUUCCGCAACACUACUACGUGGCCUUGGGAUCGCUGAAGCUGCUGCUGCUGGGCGAUGGAGACGGGAUCGAUGUUGCCCUCGCAGUGGGCGGUGCUCCUGAGGAGGGAACACCGAUGACCUUUGUAUUCCUCCUGACUGCUGUGGUCGUGUUUUGUGUGUGCGUCCUCAACCUCUUCAUAGCAGUUCACGGCGAGGCCUACAACCGGGCACAAGACAAGGCCGGGGGAGCUGCAAAACACUCUGAGGCUGGCCAGACUCGUCGUCAACCUGUCUUUCUUGUGCAGGCCUACACCAGCUUUCUGCAGGCCAUUUUUUUGGAGUCCUUCUUGGCAGUUUUCAAUCGCUGGACGAGUAGCACAUUGAGGAACGAGCCGGAAUAUGUCUCCACUGCUUCACAACGCGGGGGCACUCCUUCAAUUUCUGUGGUGCCAAGGCCACGUCGCAUCGUUGCUUACUUGAUGUUGGAGCUGGUUGCCAUCGGGGCCUGGGCAUACAUGCUGCAAGCAUGGCGCUCAGAGUCCGCCGAUUCCAAUCCUUGCUUCUUUCUGGCGCCGAAGUGA